GUUUCUAAAUGUCAGUCCCUGUGACAGAAGAAACAAGACAACCGACAUUAGAAAAUUACUUGCCUUACAAGAUUCUUAAACUAAUCAAUAAAGUUUAUAUUUUGACAUUAUAUUAGGGAUAUUUUUGAAUACUAAACAUAAAAAUGGCAUCAGUCUAUAAGAUAAUAAUUAUUGUUGGAUUUAUAUCAUUAUUUCACGCAGCCUUUUCAGCUGCUCAACAUCGUUCAUAUCUCCGUAUAUCAUCACUGGAGUUCACAACGCUACCAUUAGAUAUCGUAAUACAAGCAGUACUAAGUCUAUUUGCUGUGAUGUGGGGCGUACUGAAUGUGUCUGGCCAACUUCGUGAAAUACCAGCCGCUGCUAAAUUGAACCUGAUCAAGUGGGAAAACCAGAUGAAUAUAAGCUCAUUUUACAGUUUCAAUCACAGAGGCCGGGGUCUAGCAUACAACUACGGUGCAGAUCCAUGUAAAGAUGUCAUGGAAAGUUUAGAAUAAGGACAUUAAAAUGGUGUAGGUUUUAUUAAUACAUUAUUAAUUUAUUGGUAA